GCUAGAAGAAACAGGAAGUGUCAUUUGUUGUUCACAGGAACGAAGAUUGAACAUUGCACUGUAGUCGGAGUAUGAAAAAGGCAGUUGGCAGCGAGAUGAAGAAGCAAGAGCAGAGCCGGUGCACUCAGAAGACCAUCUCAUUGCUGAGCCCCCUGGGGACGAUCCAAGUCAGUGGAUGUGAGAAUGGUGUGCACACCAUCCAGAUCCUAAUGGAUGUCGCACCUGCUGAAAGGAGCAGCGAGGCCCCCCUGAGCUGCGUGGUCACCGAUAGCCCAGCAGAAACGAGCCCCGAGAUGCAGCGCUGCGUUGAAUGGCUCCAGGCGUACUUCACCCAGCCGCAGACCGCUGGGAGUCUCCCGCUCCCUGCCUUUCACCACCCCGCCCUGCAAGGAGAUGCCUUCACCAGCCGCGUGCUGCAAGUACUUCUGAGGGACGUGAAGUUUGGAGAGACGGUCUCGUAUAAGCGCCUCGCCGAGAUGGCGGGAAACCCCAGAGCGGUGCGGGCGGUGGGAGGGGCCAUGAGGAGGAACCCGAUAACCAGUACGGAGGAAAGUCUUGAUAAGAGUGGCAACAUAUGGAUGCGGUAAGCUUCGCUUUCUUUUGAUUGUGUGACCCCGUGACCCGUGCCUCUGUUUGAGAGCAAGGCAGCCACAUGGUACGGUGGGGGUCUGUCCGGCUCUGGUUAUGGGGCAUUAUUGACCCAGGAUUUAUAAAUAUUUAAUGCACACAUUAAGAUCAUGGUGGAGGGUGGCCAUUAGAGUUCUCCAAUAAAAGAGGCUCUCACGAUGAUUGAAUGGUGUGGCAGAGCUAGUGGCUGUUUGUUGGGUACAAAGAAACCUGCUGAGACUAUAUAUACUGUACCUCCAGCCUGCCUGGCAGGCUUCAGAGCUGUUAAAGCACCCAGCAACUGAGCUAACUUGUCAUUUUAUAUGUAUACAUUAGGCUUUUUUACUCUCUGAUUUUAGUCUUUAAAAAGAGGUUUAGUUAAAUUGUUAUAAGGAAUUGAUAUGUAGCCUACAGUAGAUAAUUCUUAGCAUUUCUUUUUUUUUCUGGUGUAAAUCGAGAUUGGAUGAUCCCAGAGCUUAAGGAGGAGUAGAAGAGUGGCAAAACCCAAACUAGUGUCCGAUGUCAAAAACAUGUUAGUGGUUAAGGCAAAUCGCAUUUUAUCAUCACGUUUUAUUAGGUGGUUAGAAAGUGAUUAUUUAUAAAGGAAAUAAAGGUUGGAGGCGGUGAGCCACCAGUGACCUUCCUGAGUGAAACAUGGACUGGAGAACAUGUCGGGUUUUUCCAAACUCAGUAACGACCUCAAAGAACAGUAAGGCAGGGUAAGAAUAAAUAAAACAGGGUUCGUAUAAAUGGUGUAAUAUUUUUGCUUUUUAAACUAUUGUAUUUUGCAGAGUUGUUUAAACUGGACACUCCUUACCUCAUGAGAAAAUUCAUUUUUUAAAACAGACUCCUAAAAACCUGAUUGUUGCUGAAGCUAAAUUAUUCCAAAGAUAUUUUUUGUAAUAAAUCUAAAAUACAUUUAUUAACUGCCAGUAGCAACACUUACUGCAAAUAAAAUAUACAAUUUGUAAAAACGGUUAGAGUACGUUUGUUUUUGUAUCAGACAAAUAGCUCCAUUCCCCGUGUAACUAAUCACCAGCUUCACUUUAAACAACCCUCAAACGUAAUGCAGUAACAACUAAUCUGGUUUUACACAGAUAAAGAUGUUAAUGGAGUUAUUUACAACAGGUACGUAAUUAACUGCCUAUAAUAAUUUAACAGAGCUUCUCUUCAGCAAUCCCAAUUUUGUGCAUCUGCUUUUUUUGCUGCAUUGAUUAAUAUCGAGUUUGCUUGUUUAUUUUUUUUCACCCCCCCUCACUCCAAAAACAAACAAAAAAAAAAAGCACAGAGCAGAAUGCAACGUGACGGAUCGAAACCUGUGUAUCCGGCACAGAUAACGCAGGGAGACAGUUGUGUGCACGUUGUUAUCAGAUGCACCAGGUUAUCAGGGAAAUUAUUUGAAGCCCGCAGAAAAUGAAAUUGCUGCUUUCGGAGCGUCUGUCCUUUGCACUAUCAGCAGCUCCUGGUGGAUCUCCUGCGCCGCCGAGAUCCGCGCACGCCGGCUGGCAUAAUAAGCCGCUGAUAUGCUGAUUGCCACUCGGGUUGCUGUCAUUUAAUUGUGCAUUAAAGGCAGACGUGGCCUCGGACAAUGGCGCCUUGAUGAGAAAUUGACAUUUUGUGACCUGCGCUCCGUGAGCGCUCAGGAUGCCAGAUAAGAUGCUCAGUUGUUUUUAAGGAGAACCACUGUUCUUCCCUCAAACACUUCUAUCCUCCUGUUUGACCCACUUGAUGAGUAUAGAUUUCACAGCGCGCCCCCCACCCCUCUCGCCGUCCCCCCUUUCAGCACUCAAACUAUAAGAGGUUCAAAACGAUACCAGGCCUUAUAGACAAAGGAUAACCUUGCUCUUUCAAUGUAUCGAUUCUUUAUUAACUAGGUGGCUUAAUGCAAUGAAAUGAGGGAUUUGAAUGAGCCCCAUUUGGGGUGCUUUGAAUAAAAAAAGCUUGCACUAUUUAUGAAUGACUACAAUGAACCUUUGAAGCACCACAGAUGCAGGAUGUGCUCACACAGAGACCAGCAGAAACAAAUUCAGAAUGCUUCGCUGAAAGAAUAUGAGGAAAGAGCAGUUUUCAUCUUUUUUAUGGAUGUUACACUUUUUCCACAGGUUCAAACAGUUAUCUCCAUAGCAAUGUCUAAAUACUACAUCUUACAGAUGAAUCACAGGUUUUGUCCUCGGACGCGUCUACUGUCUUUUCUCUUGUCUUUUUUUUUUUUUUUGUAUUUGUUUAUUCGUUUCCUUGUUCCUGAUUGUCAGUUUAUCUGCCAUCCAAACUGGGCUUAAAACUGAAGAAGUCCACAGUUGAGGGGCUAUUGUGUUUUUUUUACUGAAAAUUUUAAUAAAACAUCACUUAGUCAUUUCUGUUUCCAUUCCAAAUGCUGACAUUUUUAAAUUUUCUUCCCUGUAAACACAUGUAAGCUAUGUGGCAGAGUCUUAAGUGGUGAGUAAAAAUGACUUCUAUACAUUCUACAAAACAGGAAAAAAAAUAAAAUAAAAAUACAACCACAAAUGGAGUGUUUUUUUUUAUCUCCAAGGUUGUCCCUCAUGCACAUUAGUCUCUAUUGGAUCUUAACAACUAUCAUAUGGGUCACAAACAAUUUAUUUGACAAUACAACCAACAAAGUUUUCUCCAAAAUGGUCUGUAUAGAUAAUUUAAAAUCAAUAUAAAAAUAAACAAUGAAGUUUGACUUCCCUUUUAAAAAAAAUGGACAGAGAGUCUCGACGGUGUAACACAAAAAAGUUUCGAGGAUACACAUGAAAUAUAUGCACAUUGCAUUUCAUCAAAUACAAAAAAGAAAAACAAAUGAAGGCAACAGUUCUUGGCUGAAUUAUCUGUGCUGCAUCACUAUAUUAAGGGCAUGACGAUUAAUACAUACAUAAUGAAAAGCAAUAUACAAAAUUUCAGAGAUAAAUACAUUAUUUAUAGUUGAUAUGUUACAAAAUUUCCUUCAGUGAGCGCAAGUGUGUAUUUGAACAGAAAAAUGACAAUGACUGACUAUAUUCCUACAUUCUCAAUGGGUUUUAAUUUUUUUGUUUUUAAACAUUUUUUUGUUGAUCUAAAAGAACAUGAAAAAGACAGAUGUAUAAAUAUUUAGCACAAGUUUGGCAAUAUCACAAUAGUCUACAAUUUUUUUUUAACCACAUAUAAAACACAUAAGGGAGUUGGAGCCAAAAGGAGACUGCUCCUCAUCAACAAGAAACAGACUUCACAGUAGCCUAGGAAUGCAUUAAUAUACAGUGCUAGCAAAAAAG